AUGGCCUCUCUCGGUGCUAACGGCGGCUUGCACAACCUUAUGAUGCGUUCCAGCACGCCCGUCCUCCUCUUCCUUCAUGGCAUGGAGGUCGACCCUCCCCAGGAUGACGAGCGGGAGAGCAACAAUGGGUCCGAGGCGCCCCUCCGCUCACAUCGCUCCCGGAGCAAGGCCGCGAGCAGCGUGCGGCAGCUGAGCCAGCUCCCCGAGGAAAACACCGAGGACAUUAGGUCCGACGUCCAGGAGCAUGCCUCUGAGCUUGGCCGCACGAUUCCCAUUCACACGACCGGCAUAGUGAGAACCUGGCCCAGACGACCUCCCGGCCCCAAGUUCGAGUCGUUCGGGUCGUCGUUCGGCAACUUCGGCCCCCUUCCGCGGGAGAGCUUCAACGGGCGCAAUGGCAUAGCCAGCCCUUCAAAAGCUGCUGCCGUCCCUCUUCCGGAGACGACGGUGGGCGUCCCGGGCUCCCCCACGGGGAGCCAUCCAAAUCCCUUCCAGAACUACGGAAUGGCCCCGGCCGCCACGACGGGCAUCGCGGGCGCGAGCCACGUCGGGGCGCGGAGUCGCCAGGCGGCGUCGACGAAGGCCUCACACAAGGCCCUCUCGGCGGCAGAGAACGGCGUACGUCGCAUCUCCCAAGCCAACUUCGCGCGCGCUCUCUCCCACUCGCUCUGGGAUGGCCGGCCUUAUUCUCCUCGGACCGCCGCGUCUCAGCAACAAUCAGUAAAGUCCCGCCACACGCAGAAGACAGGGAAGACGGGUACCCAGUACCCGCCGUUGCCCGACUCGGUCUCGGCAUCGCAGAUCGGCAGUCGUCGCCUGCGGAAGGAGCGACAGCUCUUGGAGGAACAGGCGCGGGAGCGGGAGGAGGCCUUGAGGGAGGCGGAGAACGAGCGGCGGGAGAAGGAACGUGUGCCGUCGCACAAACCGUCGAAGUCCGUGAAGAGCACGACGGACGUGAAUGGCAAGUCAGGUUCCGGUGGGGCCAAGUCCAACGGCACACGAUCGCAAGCCCCGAUGUCCCCACGCAGCCAGGCCGCUUCAGUUCCUCGGGAGCGCAGUGUCGCCCCCAGCGAGAUGCGUUCACAAGCACCGCCCAUGACCCCCACUCGCUCCAGGCUCCCUGACCCUGACUCGACCCCGACUCCCUCCCGUGUCGCGACCCCGGUCGUGCAGGUCGAUAGCUACGGCUUGAGCGCUGAAGAACAGCGUCUAGUGCAGAGCGUGCUCGGUGCGGACCCCAUGACUCGGACCUCCAUGGCACUGUCGACAAUGGCCCCGUCCAUGCUCGAACCUGAAAUGCAACACUCUCAUUUCCACGACAUGGAGCUUUGCCAGCUUCUCCAUGCUCUUGAUGACCCUAUGGGGGAGUCUGUAAAGAAGGCAGUACGCAAAGCCGUCCGGGCGCGCGUCAAGAAGUUGGGCAUGAAGUACGACAAUGAGUCUAUCAAGGCUUACCGCAAGUCGUAUCACGAUCAUGAUCCGUCAUAUCAUCUCACUGCAGCGAUCACUGGCGCAAGCACGAGGGUGCGCUCUGAGAUCGGUGCCAACCACCAAGAGCCCCCUGAGUGGGCGAAAGAGCUCCUACAAGGCUUCAUCAACAUGCAGAACCGGAUCGACGACCUUGCCCCGAAGAUCGAAAAGAGCCUGCGCUCCUCUCGUGGCAACUCCUUCGUCAAUGAACGCCAACAGUACGCCAACGGGCACAACCAUUACCCCAGCUCCGAUACCAAUGGCCACUACCACGACAUCCACAACCACCCCACCGGCGACGAGUCCAUGUACCAGACGGGCGCGACCGAGAUCCGCGACUCGACACAUAUCCAUACCCUCGCCGGUUCUAUGCAUCAUCACGACGGUUCCCUCCACGGCGCCAUCCCGGAGGAAGAGGAGCCAUUCGAAGACGAGGAGGAUGAACACCACUUUGCCCCUACUGAUGCCGAUACCCGGGGUCUGGAGAGCGAAUACCUCCCCCAUGACAUGCACGAUCGCGAGAACUCCCCCGGCCAGCAGUACCUCGAGCAAGAGCUGUACAAGCUCCGUCUCAAGCCCAGCCAGACAGUCGCAACGCACGAGACGUGGGAGCUCACUCGUGACGGUGGGGGGAGUACGACGAGGAAGACGAUGGCGAUGCUCAAGCUGCCAUCACCGAAUCCGGGCUCCCCGAGAUACCUGCUGAUGCGACGGGAACUACCCCCGUGGACCCUCGCCCCUCUCCCGCCCUCCCCCGCAAGACAUGGUGUCGAUGGAUCACAGCGCGGCGAUGUGGCAGCAGAACGAGUACGGGGGCGGCGGAGAGCGGCAAGGCCCCCGCCAUGGCAGCGGAUUCACCAGCGGCUGCUCGGCUGGGCGAUCGUCUGGCCGAUGGGCGAGCUCGACAAUGCGGUCAACAGCUGCUCGCGCGGGAUGCAGGUGGACGAGAUCGCGCUGAGCAUCUGGUCGACGCAAACCUACAAGCGUUAUGUUCGCGCGAAGAUGACGGACUCGCCUCCCGGUCGCGUCGACCGCCUAUUCGUGCCCCCAAACAUGGCGGACGCGAUUAGCACCGCGGUGUACAACGGCCGGCACGGGGAUGCGUGUGGGAUGCUCCGUGAACUUUGGGCGCCGUUCGGGCUCGAAGGCAUUCCGCGGUUGCUGAUCGUGCUCGCCAAGCACCGGAACGACGACAGCCACUGGGUGGUACAUCGGUUCUCGCUUCCCGAUGGCACGUUGACCACAUAUGACACAUACCCCGAACGUUGUCUACCGGACGGUCGCCCCCUCGGAUGGUGGUUCGCCAUCCGUAUCGCUUGGCCUGACGCCAUCUACCCCAGCCCCGACCACCUCAUGCAGAAGAUGGUGCGCCUACACCGGCCCAUGCAGCUUCCGAUCGAGAACUCGGUCGCCGCGGCGGGCAUUUGGCGCAACUUGCUCAUGGGCUCGCGCGCGGAGCGCUCUCUCGACCUCGAGCGUCUGCGCGACCUGAUCAACACCGAGGUCAAGAACCUCCGCCAGCGCAAGAUCAUGGGCAAGCUCUCCAUCGGGGGCUCGCGACCAAAUUGGGAGGACAUGGCUUGA